CCCGAGACGAAGACGAAGAUAAGGAGGAUGAGCCACCGCAUGGGGCGUCGAGGUGGCGCCCCUUCCGCCAGGCCGCGGUGUCCAGUGGCUGCCUGGGCUACAGCAUGGCUCUGCGUGGCGUCAGUUUGCUCGCUGGCGGCGGACGCAGCAGAUGUGGCUGGCCUGGUCUCUCUGUUGCUGCCCAGCCUCAACGGUGACGUGGACGCCACUUCCUGCCCGGACCUGUACCGGCGCUACAGCCGUCGGCACACGCAGUGCGUGCGGCCUCCGAAGUCGUGCCACCCGCUGCACGAGGGCGUCUCCGAGGCCGACCGGCAGCUCAUCGUGGACCAGCACAACGCCUUCCGCAACCGGCUCGCCUCGGGAGCCGAGUCAGCCAGCGGGUUGCCGGCCGCUGCGAACAUGAUGUACCUGGAGUGGAAUGAGGAACUGGCGACUGUCGCUCAGAAGUUGGCCAGCAUGUGCGCCGUCAAGCCGGACUGCGCCGACUGCAGGCGCGUCGAGAGUUUCACCGUGGGCCAAAACAUCUGUAACUACAAGAUCCGCUCCCGAACGGCGCCGCCGAUCUACUGGCGGUCGACCAUCGCCUACUGGUACGACGGCGUCAAACAGUUCCCGCCGGCCGCCAUCUCGCCCUACAUCUACAGGCAGCACUACGGCACCUUCAGCCAGAUGGUGUGGGCCAAGACGUGGUCCAUCGGCUGUGGCUACUCGCUCUUCACAAGGAGACGCUGGUUCGUGCAGUCCUACGUUUGCAACUACGGUCCGGCCGGCAACUACCUGAAGAGCCGCGUGUAUCUGCCGGGAGAGCCGUGCACGCGAUGCGAGCCCGGAACCCGGUGUGUGGGAAACAGCAGCAGCAGCAUCGGAGGGCGCAACGAGUCAGCCUUCAGCUCUCUCUGCAAGUCAGAGACGGAAGCCGGCCCCCAGGUAACGCUACCGGCGGGUACCAUCUUCUACUGCAAUUUCCACACGCCUAGUCUCGACUGCCCCAUCAAGGAGGAGCCCUACGGGAGUUUCCAAGUGCGUCGAUUAAUAGGCGGCGGUGGGUACCUGACCACGACCGUGGGUCAGAACGAAUCAGCGGCGGUGACUCUGGACCGAGUGUUGGCCGUGCCGGAUAACGACACGGAGGCGUCGACCUGCCUACGCUUCCGAUUCCGCAAGGGCCCCUUCCGCGACGGCGCGGGAGGCUCCUCCCAACUGCACCUGCGGCUCUCGGUGCUCGACCGGAACGUGAUCAAGAGCAGCACGUUGACCCGGCACUACUCGCACUGGACACCGUACAGCAUAACCAUCACCCGGCCCAUCCAGGUGCAGUUGACGCUGCUGCUAAAAGUGGGCGCAAACAGUCCACCACAGUACUUCGACCUGACCGACGUCCUACUUGCCAGAAAUCCCUGCUGACACACACAGCAGCUCCGCAAGUCCUAAACAGGUCCCCCUCGGACCUGCGUCCCAGCGUGCAUUGCGCAACUACUCGAUGGUGGUGGAGUUCGCUAAUGAAUAAUUAUGUCACUGUGAUUAGCGACCAAUAUGCUGCAUCUGACCUUAAGCAAGUAAUGCUAUGGCGGUGCGAGAUAAGACACAAAUGUCCUAGAUUCGUUUGUACACAUCAGUGCUCGAAGUAUUAGGCUUACCUUGGUUUACCGAUUACAUUCGUGGACACUGCAGUAGCCGACCCUUCAGGAGCAAACUUGAUCUCCAAGCCUCUGUCAUAACAUAUCUCGAGGGCAAACAGCUAACUCGGUAUAUUUGUGCAGAAUUAAUGUGCACACUAGAUUCAGUUUGACAUAUUUGAAUGUUUGAUUUAUGCUGUCCUAGUUAAACCAGUGCCGGCCAGCUCACACUAGCAAAAUGUUCUGCAACUAUUCCAGAAUGGAAUUCACCAUUUUUACGUGGAUAUCUUUCCAAGUCAGCAAAAUAAAAUUACUCUCGAUGACAA